AUGGCUUCCCUUGAAGGUACCAGAGACCAAGCCAUCGACACGGUGUCCGCUGCCUGUUCUCGCUUCCAAGGGCAAGUGAUGGCCAACGCUAUGCGUACGGUUGAGCAUCCAGGAGAACUCCCCGAGGCAUUCCCGGCGGUUGCAAAGAGACUGCCGCUCCUGUCCAAAAUAUUUUACUCUAUCCGAGAUCGUCUUCGGGAAAGUGACGACGACUCCCCAAUCUCCAACAAAAGCCAGGCAUUCCGCCAAAUCAUUGAGUCCGCGAAAGCGUGCGAAGGGCUUUUGGGGAUCAUUGAGUCCAUGUUCGAUGCGGCGACCGACGGGCCAAAGGGAGGUCGAUACGUGGCUUUGGUGGAGAAAAAUGAUGGCCAAAGUGUGGAAAAGCUGAUGGAAAGAUUGUUGUGUCAGAUAAAUGAAAUCGCCAAACCACCGUGGGUGACUGAAGAGGAUGCGAAUGAGUCGAGAGCGGCACUGGCAGAAGUAAGAGAGCUACGGAGAUCAUUGGCGAAUGAGCAGGGGGUUCGUAUUGUCAUGACCAACAACGGUGCUGGAGUCCAGAUGCAUCACAGUGGGCGAGGCUCGCAGAACUACGGCACUGGAGGUUUUAUGGUUACCGGCGAGAAUCAUGGCGCCACCUACAAUUACGGAGGAGCCCAAGGGACAGGUGGCACAAGCAGAUAG